AUGGACAGUAUUGCCGAAGUUCGAGUCCUAGCCAAGGGCGCUGAUAAUGCGACCCGAAGGACAGUUUUGGACUCUCUUCGCGACCUCUCUUUGUCUCUUGAAACUCCCCACGACACAUUGCAGCACAUCUGCUACAUGCACGCUCAAUCAGCACUAGCACGAGUCGGUGUAGAUCUAAAACUCUUCAACCACCUCAGCGAAAGUAGUACACCCUUGACUGUUGAUGAGUUGGCGACAAAGAAAGGCGCCGCGCCAGACUUACUUGAUAUGCCCACUGUUGAUUAUAACCCUUACAACAUCCCAUUUACCUUAUGGAUAGGUCAUAUCUUGCGCUAUCUCUCCUCCAUGGGAACGAUUAAGGAGAAAGCUAAAGACACAAUCACUGCCAACAACAUCACCCAAGCCCUAGCUAUGCCUGCGAUCCAAUCAGUGUUUACCAUAAGUAUCUUCGGCAACAUCGCCCCCACAAUCAUCGCCCUCCCCGACUUCCUCAUCAAGCACAAAUACCAAGACAUCACAUCCCCAACCAACAACCCAAUGCAAAUCGCCUUCAACACCCCAGACCCAGCCUUCAUCUGGGUUCAAACCCACCCCGAAGCCCACGCACACUUCCAUCGGUUCAAGGAAGCCCACCACAGUAGUAAGCCUUGGUGGUUCGAGGUGUACCCGAUCGCCGAAAAGGCGCAGGAGCUCGACCCCGAGCAGGUAUUUUUUGUUGAUAUCGGUGGUGGUAUUGGACAUCAUACCGUCGAUGAAGCAGCGGAAUCCGCAGAUCACGAAUCGGAUGAUUGUGCUGGAGAUGGGGAUUGUUUUGCCGGCUGUUAUUAA